UGAAGAGAUCAAGUAUCACAUUCGAAGUUCUGGUGUAGUUUUAGGAGAUCUUUCCCAUGCAGUCUUUGAAUUACGAACCCAAUAUUCUUGCAAAACAGUUCACGUUCUCAUUGCAUCACACAAUGUUACACAACUGACCUUUUCUUAGGAGCGUUCUCCUUUUUAUAAAGAGUGCACGAUAUGGAUUAUCGUAUUUCGGUAUCCUGUCGUGUGUUGCCCACUGCCGCGUGGUUUACCUGUUCUAGCGCUAGUGCGCUACAGUUUCGUUAUACGCAGUGACCAGCUGCAAAUAAGCAUCGAGCCGCUUUUGUGACGAAAAUAAAAGUGGGGCCUAAUUACAUCUUACACAGCUAUCUAACAUCCACGCUGUAUUGACUAGAAAUGUGAUAGUUGCCUGAUGUGUGCGCUCGUGUGUGGGAAAGUGAAAGCAACGCAAAGAAAAUGCGACAUGACACGGAAAAGAAAUAUAGUAUUGUGCUUGGGUGGUGCUCUAUCGUUUUCAGCAGGGGUACAUACAUUCGAGUGAUUUGUUUCAAAUGAGUGAAACAGCUGAAAAAAUGACAGUUGGAUGUGCUAAAGCUACGAAGCGGGUUAUGCAGUACAGUGAAAUAACUUAAUAUAUAGUGUACGCGUUGCUCCAAGCAUGGCUAUUUACGAUAAUAAACACUGGCUACUGUCUCAUAUACGAAACUCCUUCAUAAUAUCCGACGAUACAGGGAUAAGUGAAAUGGCAAUGCUUGGUGAAGAUAUUCCAAAAACCAUGGCUGAACUGUCAAGGCUUGAGUGUUAUCCAGGACUGGACAUGAGUGAUGAGGAAGAUGAUAUGGAUUCAUUUGGACAGUCUUUCGACAUCAAAUCAGAUAUUGGGUUUGGAAUUCAUCGGCAGCGCUCGAACACGGCGCAGCACUUAGAGAGAAUGAAUCAGGAGAGGAAAAGGGCUGCAGGAAUAAAGCACAUUAAGUGGGAAUCAAACCCAAAUGUGUUAUCAAGUGAAGAGAGAGCAGCCCUUUUUGAAAGAAAGGAUUUUCGAAGGAGGAAUACCAUUCCUAGUGGCAAAGUCCAAUCUCUGUUAGCUGAUCAAUUGGAGAAGUAUCCCAAUCUGCCACCAAAUCCUUUCCAAGACUAUGCCAAAUAUGAUGGAACAGCUCAGGUUGGGAUGUCCAAAAGAUCGUAUGGUAUCUUUUUAACUAUGUUACCAGAAGAGCAAAGGAAUUAUCCAAUGCAUGUUGUUGUACUGGCAAAUGCAAAAGUGCAAGACCUUAUUGGGCUGAUAUGCUGGAAAGUGACACAAGAAUAUGGCGUGAACAAGCUGAAGGACAAUGUUGCUUACUAUGGCCUUUAUAUUGCUGAAGAUGAUGGAGAAGUUGAUUGGUACUUCCCUUGUAUUGAUCCACGAGAGACUGUUGGGAAGUUUACAUUUGCAUACUUGGCCCUUGUUGAACUCAAAGAAGCAGUGAAGCAAGUAGACAACUCCAAAGAUGAGAGGUAUUCUGCUGAAAUUUCAGGAACCACAGAGAGUGGGACAAGGCCUAAAGUAUUGUCACAAGAUGCUGAAGAUUGUCAGAGAAUGAGAAACCAUAUGACAGCUAUGGAAGCACCAUUGUAUCAAUCAUAUCGUUUGUACAUCAUCAACAAACUGACAAAAACAGAAAUUCUUCUAGGAAUAUCUGGAGAGAAAGUAGAGAUUGACCCAGUUGUACAGCAGAAAGUGGCAUCAAAAUUCUGGGGGCGACAGAAAGCUGUAAGCUAUGACAUGGACAAUGUAGCUGCUUGUGACCUCACAGACACAAAAUCCGGUGGCCGUGCAACAUUUCGUCUUGUAUAUCACCAUGCACCAUCAGCUGAGCAAAAUCAGCCUGCAGCAGCCAGUUAUAAGCACCAUGAUUUUGAAGCUGAUCAUGCAACAGCUGAUGAAAUUGUGCAGAAAGUCAAUCAUAUUUUGGAAUUAAGAUCUAGUGUACGGAGAAAAGAAUACCUCACUUUGCGGGAAAGGAAGUCUCACAGGCGGAAGAGUUUCCAUCUUGGACCAAGAUGAUUACUAGAGUUAGUACUUAGGUAUUUUGGUUAUACAGAUAAGUUAUGUCUUCAGUCUUGUUUAGCUGUUAAUCAUUCCUAAGUACCCAUGGAACCAGACAGUUACUGUUAGGAUAAUCUGAUGAGUAUUAUGUUUUAAUGUUCCUUUGGAAGUUCUCUUCCUUUUAACAAGUAUAGUAUUUUCAUGAAUGUGCCUGUUGACUCAGUCAAGUACUAAAUACUACUGGUUCUGGACCACACAUUUUGUGCAUUAUGGACAUAUAAAUCUGCUAUAAAAUGUGUGAUGCGGUUUUUCAGCUUUUUACAGUGUACUUCAUGUUGAAAUAGUUCAUGGGUGAACUAUUUUGAUAUUAAUAAGUAUUUGUAAAAUAUGUAAAGAGUGAAAUAUUGUUACCUGGAUAAAGGGACCUUGUGUGAUUAUUUUGAAACAUUUUGUUGUUGUUUUACUAUUUAAUGUGACACAGUACUUAAAUCCAUCAGUAUACCAUAGAUAAGAGUUUUGCUUUGUCUCAUUUGUUUUAGAAUUAGCAACUGUGUUUGCUGACAAUGCUUAAAUUUAAGAUUUUUCAAAAUACAGUACAGUUUUCUUUGAGUAGAGCUGCUGUUCGCUGGCUGAGUUUGUUAUCUAAUUUCAAUGUGUCCUUGAAGAACUUGAAUAUGUGAUGAUAUUUUUUUAAUAUUUUAACUUCAAGUUUUAAGUGGGAGGGGAAGCAGUAAAAUGUUUGUAUAUUUGCUAGGCAAAUAAUAUGUCUAUUUAUUGGUAAUUAUAUAUGUAACUGUUAACAUUGAAAGGAAUGUUUUAAAGGACAUUAUGAGCAUGAUGCAAAUUUUACUUGUGUAGUAUAAUGUACUAUUCAGUUUUAGGGCUUAAUACUCUAUGAUCACAAAAUUAUCUAGUAACAAAUACAUGUAAUUAUUUCAUCUUAGCUGCUUUAUGAGUCCUUUUGCAGGAACUUUUAAGUGUGUUGUGUUUAAAGGAACUAUGUGUGAAAUGUGGAAUACCCAUGACUUACAGAUAUUGCUAGUCCCUCCCAUUUUAUUAAGUUUGUAUUAUAUGAAAUAUUAUAAAUAUAAUUUUUUGCUACUGCUGUUAUAGUUGUUAAUACUGUGUGUUAAUGUUAAUGUUGUUGUGUUCAGAGAGUUUUGUAUACAAUUUGAACUGUUACUAAAGUCAUUAAUUUAUUUAUAUAAAUGUAUUUGUUUAUUGAAAAUGCAUAAAAUACAAAUUAUUACUUAAUAUCCAUAACAGUGCCUAAACAAUCAGAAACUAUAAUGCACUGAGAAGAUUAAUGGUGUAAAGAAAGUAAAAGUUGCAGAGGAAAGUUACUCUUUAGGUUGGCGAGACGUAGUAUGCCAGGCUAAUGGCAGACAAGUCAAUGAAAUCUGUUCUUGCAGUGUAAGUGUACUUCGUUUGUUUGUUUAUUUUACUCUAAAUUGUUUUACAUUUUUAAGAGAUGUGUUAAAUGAAAAGAGAUUUUAUAUUGUUUCACAAUGUACUUAUUGCAUAAACUAACAUCAGUUGAUUGCAAUUGUUCAGUGUAGUUGUCAUAAACUUAGUGCUUCUAUGCCAGCUUUACAUAAUAAUCACAUGUAUGCUGCAGGAAAUAAAAUUUUCCAAUCCAGUAUACAUUUAUUUAGAAUAACUUCUUCAUCAUGUUUCUGCUUUUAAUUGUUUUGUUCCGUAACCCACAAGAUAUGAAAAUCUGAUUCUAAGAGAUCUGGUGAGUGUAUGAGCAGAGGGAACAUGAUAAAAAAUGAAACAACUAAUGCCAGUUAACUCCGUUGUUCUAACACUACCAACAUCUUGUUUUGGAGAAACAUUUUACUGUCAUCAUACCAAAUAUUUCUUUAGAAUUACCAGGUUUUGUAAGUGAUGCUAAACACACUGCACCUUUUUCUCUUAUAGCGUGACCUUGUGUGCAGCCAGAAAAAAGUUAAUAUGGUUUGGUCUACUGAUGAUACUAUCAUAUUAUCAUCACCAUCAUCAUAGUCAUCAUCUAGCUAUCUCUUAAUAUCAGAAACAGUCUAGUGUGAAAAUGUUUAACCUUUCAUCUAAUACAAAGGGCAAGUUGGAUAGGUUUUGGUUAAGUUAAGGAAAAUAUGGUUUAUGCAAUCUUUUUGAAACAAACUGAAUUGGAUGGUGUAAAGGCUGAGCUAACAUUGUUGUCAAAUAAUGAUCGAUCCUCCUUAACAGUGAGUUAACUGUUUUCCUGUAUCAUUUUGUCAGAAGUUCUUUCCCAGAUUAUGACAUGUGGGAAGUUUUCAGUGUUAGGAUCAGCUUUCAAACUCGGUGCUUUCUUUUUCAUUUCUUUACCUGUUGUCGCACAGUUCCUCAUCUGCAACUCAGUCAUUUUUCAUUAUUUCACAUUUACAUUUAUUAAUUUGCAGCAAUUACAAUCCUUCAUGCGUCCAAAGUUGUUUCUUGUCCAAUAUGAGUCCGGCAAUUGUUGCAAAUGACCUGAAAACUGGAAAUAAAGAAAAGAAUCACUGUGGAAGUAUACAUGAAUGCUUUAGGCGAUUCUGUUUCCAUGAAAAAAAAAAAGUUUAUUUUCAUAGUGAAUCAAAUUUAUUUCUGAACACAAAUAGAGAUAGCAAAAUACUUGCAUAGAGAAAAGGUAAAAUCUGUGGCACAAGCAUGCCACCUGGCUAUUGGUCUGACUGGAGGGAGAGUUCAGCCUUUCUUUGCCAUAGCACUAGGAGGGGGAGGGUGGCAGGCCCAUCGCACCAGCCACCUUUUAACCCUCAAACUGAUCCCCCAGUACUCAUUUGAUAGCAGACUGAGUGGAGCUGGGGUCAUCAUGGAGAAAGUGGAAUGAGGAAAAAUCCCCACCUCUAUCCGAGAUUGAACUCUGGACCCCCAGAGCCACUAGACAAUCACAGCAUCAAGUACUUGUGUACUGUCUGUUCAAUAUUAAUUGAGCAGUGGUGGUGGUCUUUUAUAUUCUGGGAUUGCAAAUUUUUUGUUGUUUAAUCCAGAAUGCAUAUAUGUUACCAGAUCUUCAAUAUUGUUGAGCGGACUGUUGGUACAGUCUCCCACUGUGUCGGCAGAAUGUAUUUUUACCUCCUAAAUGUCAACCCAUCUUCAUCCAUUUACCCAUGACAAUAAGAAUCUGUAAUACACAUUAGCUAAUUUUUGUGUGAAGUAAAACAAUAUUGUAAAAUAGUCAUUUCAAGCAGAGAAUUCCAAACUUCAUUUAACAAUAAAAUGAAAUGUAAAAUUCAUUUGUUUGUUAUAAAGCCAUCAACGACAUAAUUAUUGUGGAAUAAGGAUUGGUAAAAUUUAAAUAAUUUAGGAGUGAAGGAGACCACAUAUCGAAUAACAGAAGCAUUGGGUCAUCGACAGACACACAUAAAAUGAGUGAAAACUUUGCUAGCAUUUGGGAGAAAGUGUUUGAUGAGUGAGAGCGACCGCGCGCGCGGGCGCGCGCGCGCACACACACACACACACACACACACACACACACACACACACACACACACACCUGUGCACCUACAGUGUGCUGCCUGGAUAGACAGUUCAGCAGAUGGACUGGAUUUGGGAUUGUGUUGGGUUGAAUGGGUAGAGGGAGAAAGAGGCUGGAAGCAGGGAUGGGUAUCUGGCAGCUCAGAGGGAGGUAACAGAUGUGCAGGCUAGGAAUGUGAGAGGAAGGGGUGGCAGGUGCGUGGGCUAGGCAUGCGGCGCAAGAGUACUGCCAUAGACAGUCACUAUCCCCCAAACCUAGUCCACAAACAGAUUUCCCGUGUCAUAUCCUCACACCCCUAAUCCUCCCACCACCCCCAAGAAUCGGCUGCAAAUGAGCUUGCCCCCCCUCACCAGCCAGUAUCACCCUAGACUGGAGCUAUUGAACCAUGUCUUUCACCAGGGCUUUGAUUAUUUAAUAUCAUGCCUGGAAAUGACGAACGUCCUACCAAAGAUCCUCCUCACACCUAAUGUGAUAUUGUGUCAUCCACCCAAUCUACUUAUGCUGCUCCCACUACCAACCCCUUGUUCACAUGGGUCAUAUCCUUGUGGAAGACCCACGUACAACACCUGUCUGAUUCGUGCAUGCGGUGCAUCCUCUUCUACUCUACUCUAGUCUGCUGGUCACAGGCUUGUCCUACCCCAUCAGAGGCAGGGCUACCUGCGAAAGCAGUUGUAUGAUAUACUAGCUCUGCUGCAAUAAUUGCAUAGCAUUUUAUAUUGGCAUGACCACCAACAGCUUUCCAUCAGAAUGAAUGGCUAGUGACAAACUAUGGCCGAGAACAAAGUUGUGCUGAGCACAACAUGUUUGAGGUCAAUAUCUGCUUCACAACCCAUAUCAGCUGACUCCUUUUCUGUAGUACCGGCUUUUCUGAUUAACAUAGAUGAGAGUUAGCCUUGGAACACGUCUUUCAAUACUAUAAUCCUCCUGGCCUCAAUCUCUGCCAACCCAUUUUCCACACACCCUCCAUCUAACACUUUACCCUUUGUCUGUCCUAUCACUUCCUCCCAAUCCAGACCUUCACACCAUCUUCUUCGCACACUGCACCUCAUCAUCUCUGGUCCCCAUGUGCCACAUGCUUAGCUUGGGCACCUGGCACCCUUCAUUCCCACAUUAGUAGUGUGCACACUUGCUGCCUUCCUCAGAGUCACUAGCUAUGUGUCCCCAAUCCCUCCUCCAGCUUUCUGCCUCUUUCUUCCUCUACCCACCCAACUCCACACAACCCUCAACCCAGGCCACCCACUGAAUUGACUGUCUAGCUGGCACGAUGUAGUUGGUGCACUGGAGUGUGUGUGUGUGUGUGUGUGUGUGUGUGUGUGUGUGUGUGUGUGUGACUCUCUUGCCCAUCAGAGGAUUUCAUAUAACAAAAGCUAUUAAAAUUUUCAUUCUCUUUUGUGUGUGUAGAUCGACAACUCAAUGCUUCUGCUGUUCAUUGAGUACUCUCCUUUAUUCCUAAAUUAUUUAAUUUUUGCCAGAUUUGGUAAAAAAUAUCACAGUUAACAAGCAGUGAAGGAUUAUAUUUUAACUUUUUCAAUCGUAAAUAAAUUGUAGUUAAGAGGACUGUGACUGAAUGAGUUAAAUUUAUUGUCCAUAGAUACACCUGCUCAGUCACUCUGCUACAAAAUAUGUUAAACUUUACUAUGCAUUUUUCAUGUAUGCAUCACAUUUAACACUGAUCAUGUGGUUUUCAGCCAAGUUCAUUAUCUUAUUAACUGAACAUCUGCAGCCUACCACAUGGUACAAUGACAGUAUGAAUCAUAUCAUAUGCCAUGUUAGUCAUUUAGUGACAGUAGUAUAAACACUGUGGUCAACAUGUAACAACUAUAUGUGUUAGCUGCCAGAAAAUAUUUAUUGGUUGUAACUGGUAGUUACAUAAUUGCACAAAGUUAGUAAUGUCCCUGACACUAUAUUUAUUAAACAAAUACAGUAAACAAUAUGAUUUUGCAGUAGCCAAAAGAUGUACUUAGAAUUUCUGAACAAUGCACACAGGGUGGCAUAAAUUAAUAGAUUGCACAGUUUUGACUUAGCAGAUGUAUACAUUUAUUGACUAUAAAAUAAACAGAGUUUUGUUAAAUCAGUGUCUAUUAGUUCAACAUAGGUUUUGUGUGCAGUUUUGAAUUAGGUUUGUGUGGCUGUCAGAACUUGGGAUCUCAUUACGUAUGCCAUUUUCAGUAAACAAAUCAUGUUCAGGGAUGGAGGCAAUUUCAUUGCAUUGAAAAACUUGGAUACUGUUAAGAUUUUUGUAGAGACUAAAAUUUAGACUGGAAUUAUUGUUGGUAGUAAACGAAAGACCUGGUACUUACGGAGUGUUCCAAUAAUUUUGUUACAAAUGAUGGAAAGCUCAUUUUCCAAUUUGAGAUGUCAUGUGUUUUCAUGUUUUUAUACAUUUCCCUCACUGUUUUGAAUAUGAACACUGCAGUUUUGUAAGUACCCCUGUUGGGGUUGUGUUUAGUUUUAGAAUUGUGGACUGCAUUGUGGGUAAUUGUUGCCCAAGACAAUGCUGUUCAGCAUUGAUCUAGAAAAAAACAUAGUUUUAUGCUGUGCAGUCUGAAAUGGACAUAAACAGAUUUUAUGUGUGUGUUUUGGUGCUGGUAUGUUAUUAAGGCUAAAACCAUUGUUACAUAUGAAUUUUGUACAGACUUCUAUCUAGGUAUUUGGUGAUGUAGAAUGUAGUUCUAUUUUUAGAUAGCCAUAACAAAAACAAAACAUUUGUUUAAGCAAUAGUUAAAAAAUAUAUAAAAGGUUGAUAUUUGGUGUUCAGAAAAUAUUCAGUGUGUUUUGCCACGUGUGUUUUGUGUAAUUACCUGAUUGAGUACUUGAGUUGCACGUCUAUUGUUUUGGCUUUCAUGACUUUUUUUAAUUGUUAAGAACUAAGUAGCACCUCAUGUUCACUGAUCUUGACUGCUGCAGAACAGUGCAAUGUGGCUAUCAUAAUUCAGGUAUUUUGUGAAGACUAAAAUAUUUUAUAAUACUGUACACUGUGAACACACAGACCUUAUUUUAUUGAAUGACACUUUUAAUAAUACAUGUUUUAUGUCCUCUAAAGAGGUUUUUAUUAUUUAACUAUGAAUUAAAUGAAUACAUUAACUGCAACCUAUCACAUUACGGGAGUACUUUGAGCUUCCAAAUUGUCCAACAAUGGAAUAGUGUUUCUCUUUUUUUACAGUUAAUUUCUAAUGCAAAAAAAUUUUUGUGGAAGCAGAUGCAGAAUUUCAAGACAUACAUCUGCACACUGCAGCCCACCUUUGCAUGAUAACAGAAAUAAAUAUCUUGAAUCACCCUUUCCUUUGGUAUCCAGAGUCACCCAUUAGUGUCAUGGGUUCAUAACCAUUUUCAUGUUUCAUGAUGUUAUAUCAAGUUACAGUUUGAGUAGCCGUGUUCAGUUUUCUUGCCGACACCUCUACAGGUGUAUUUGGAACACUUGUUGACACUCGCAUUCGGGAGGACGGUGGUUCAAUCCCACGUCCGGCCAUCCUGAUUUAGGUUUUCUGUGAUUUCCCUAAAUCGCUCCAGGCAAAUGCCGGGAUGGUUCCCUUGAAAGGUCACGGCCGACUUCUACCCCGUCCUUCCCUAAUCCGAUCAGACAGAUGACCUUGCUGUCUGGUCUCCUUCCCCAAACAACCCAACCCCAACCCCAACCCCAACUUGUUGACACCUUAAUGUUCUAAUGCAUGUCUUUGUCUGUUGACUAUGUUAAUGGAAGUUCCUUGGUGGAAUAUUAAUAAUAGAAAGAGCAAAAGUAUAAUUCAAGUGUUAAUAGGAACAUAUGUAAGACUAAAAUAAUUGCUAAGCUUUCAAACAUUGUUUUCCUUUAGAAUUAACUAAACAACACACAUACAGAUAUGUACAUCUACACAGCUAUAUUGAACCAAGCUGAUUGGUGUGUGUGUGUGUGUGUGUGU